AAGAUGUUUGGUUGGUAGCCAGAUAAUUCUUCUUCUUCUUCUCUGUGUCUCUUUACAGUUAACAGUUACAGUUACUCAUCUCUGAUCAACAACAGGUUUACUCAAAUCCAAUUUUUUAUUUUUGAAAUUCCAAACAAUGUACCCUGGUGGUUACACUGCUGAAGUUACAAGCUUAUCUCCUAAAGCAACAGAGAAAGAUGUUUAUGAUUUUUUCGCUCACUGUGGUGCAAUUGAGCAUGUUGAGCUUAUCAGAGCUGGUGAAGGUGCUUGUACUGCAUAUGUGACAUUUAAAGAUGCUUAUGCUUUGGAAACUGCUGUUCUGCUUAGUGGAGCUACCAUUGUGGAUCAAUGUAUAUGCAUACAACACUGGGGGACAUAUGAAUCUGAUCCUUGGAACAGUCUAUCUUGGAAGCCAGAAGAUAAUACAAGCUCAAUUGUUAUUCACACAGGACAAUGUGUCUCCACCUCCGGAGAUGCUGUAACAGUAGCUCAGGAAGUUGUCAAAACAAUGCUAGCCAAGGGAUAUGUUCUGGGCAAAGACGCAUUAAUCAAGGCCAAAGCUUUUGAUGAGUACCAUGGAGUCUCAGCUACUGCAGCAGCCAAGAUUGCUGAGCUUAGCGAUAGAAUUGGACUCACUGAUAAAAUUCAUGUUGGCAUGGAAACUGUUAAGACUGUGGAUGAAAAAUUCCAUGUUUCAGAAAUCACCAAGUCAGCUGCAACAGUCACUGGGACAGCAGCUGUAGUCGCGGCAAUGGUUACAGGAAAAGCAGCUGUUGCAGCUGGUCAUGCUGUAGUCAACAGCACUUACUUUGCCAAAGGAGCACUUUGGGUUUCAGACUCGUUGAAUCGGGCAGCUAAAGCUGUAGCUGAUUUUGGUAGCCAUGGUACUGAUGGUAGUAAAUAAAUAGAUUGAUACUAUAGCAACUCUUAUAGUUGGCUUUACCCUUGAUAUCGUUUACAAAUAGAUAGUUUUAUUUUUUUGGCAUAAGUAAAAACCUUUCUUAUCGGUUGUCUUGUUGUGGAAACGGUUCAGUUUUAGAUUGAAUUUUUUUGGAUUAGUUAAUACAAAUCACAAUAUCUUGUGAUUUAAUGUUCCAGACCAACACAUUGUUCUUCUUAAAAAGUUUCAAAUUCUUCAUCCUA